UCCCCUCCUGCCGCUUUGAUUUCGGGCACCUCCGACAGAUAAUUGGGAAGGGUUUCCAGAAGGUGGGAAAUGUCACCUGAUUCACACUGAACUUUUAAAAGCUCCCCACCCCCAAAGAGCCGGCACACCCUCGGUCGCCGCCGCCCUCCCACAGCCCCACACACUGGGAGACCGCCCACCGCAAACCUCGGAGACCCCCGUCUAGAUUUAAAGCGCGGCUGCGCCCGGCUUCUGACGUCCAUUGAAUCGCGCGGGCGGCCGGUGGCGAGCGCGGGGCUGCGCCGGGAUCGCUGCGCCCUCCGCCGCUCGCCUCUGCGACGCGCGCCGCUCGCCCAAGCCACCCGCCGCCGCGCUCCUCGCCCCGCGCCUGCCCCAGGAUGGUCUGCGCCAGGCACCAGCCCGGCGGGCUCUGCCUCCUGCUGCUGCUACUCUGCCAAUUCAUGGAAGACCGCAGCGCCCAGGCUGGGAAUUGCUGGCUCCGCCAAGCCAAGAACGGCCGCUGCCAGGUCCUGUAUAAGACAGAACUGAGCAAGGAAGAGUGUUGCAGCACCGGCCGGCUGAGCACCUCGUGGACCGAGGAGGAUGUGAACGACAAUACUCUCUUCAAGUGGAUGAUUUUCAACGGGGGCGCCCCCAACUGCAUCCCUUGUAAAGAAACGUGUGAGAAUGUGGACUGUGGCCCCGGGAAAAAGUGCCGAAUGAACAAGAAGAACAAACCCCGCUGCGUCUGUGCCCCAGACUGUUCCAACAUCACCUGGAAGGGUCCAGUGUGUGGGCUCGAUGGGAAAACCUACCGCAACGAAUGUGCGCUCCUCAAGGCCAGAUGUAAAGAGCAGCCGGAACUGGAAGUCCAGUACCAGGGCAAAUGUAAAAAGACUUGCAGGGAUGUUUUCUGUCCAGGCAGCUCCACUUGUGUGGUGGAUCAGACCAAUAAUGCCUACUGUGUGACCUGUAAUCGGAUUUGCCCGGAACCCUCAUCUUCAGAGCAGUCCCUUUGCGGGAACGAUGGUGUGACUUACUCCAGUGCCUGCCACCUGAGAAAGGCCACCUGCUUGCUGGGCAGAUCCAUUGGAUUAGCCUAUGAGGGAAAGUGUAUCAAAGCAAAGUCUUGUGAAGACAUCCAGUGCGGUGGUGGAAAAAAAUGCCUAUGGGAUUUCAAGGUUGGCAGAGGUCGCUGCUCUCUCUGCGAUGAGCUGUGCCCGGACAGUAAGUCGGAUGAGCCCGUCUGUGCCAGCGACAAUGCCACGUACGCCAGCGAGUGUGCCAUGAAGGAAGCUGCCUGCUCCUCCGGCGUACUGCUUGAAGUGAAGCACUCCGGAUCUUGCAACUGAAUCUGCCUGUAAAACCUGAGCCAUUGACUCUUCAGAACUUUCUGCAAUUUUGACUUCAUAGAUUAUGGUGGUUUGUUUUUUUGUUUUUUGUUUUUUGUUUUUGUUUUUUUUUAAGUAAGCAUUACAUAACUGCAGAGGCCCAAAAGACAAAACAAAACAAACAAAAAACAAAAAACAAAAAAACCCAAAAAGCAUCACACUGCAAGUCAUGUAAAAAUGCAACGCUGUAAUGUGGCUGUGUCAGAGGGCUUUGAAAGCGUACACUGAGAUGCUUCGGCGCUGUUGUUAUCCGUGUUUAAACAACAGCUCCCCCUGUAUUCCCCCAUCUAGCCAUCUCGGAAGAAACGGAGGAAGAGGAGGAAGAGGAAGACCAGGACUACAGCUUCCCUAUCUCUUCCACUCUAGAGUGGUAAACUGUCCAGCAGUGUGCAGUGUGGACAGAGCCUGUGGGCAAAACAAAACACAGCAGAAAAAAAAAAAAAAAGGCAAGAAAAAAAAGAUAGAAAAGAAAAUUAAGAAAAAGAAAAAAUAUAUUGUUCAUAAUGUAAAUAAGUGUAUGCUUAUUUAUUUGGGGGGAAAACUAUACAUUAAAGGACCUUUGUCCUGAAGCUCUCUCCCAGGUCACAUUGUUACUCACUGGCCAUGGAGAGAUGGUCAUUUUGUGGUCUACUGGAUGAGGCCUAUAGUUGAGGCUUUGUAGACAUUUAUUUAUACUGUGUCAUGUUUUAUAAUUUAUACAUAAAGUGUCUGGUUGACUGUACACCUUGUUUUUGAAGAAAUUUAUUCGUGAAAGGAAGAGCAGUUGUUAUUUAUUGUGAGGUCUCUUGCUUGUAAAGUAGAACUGUUUUGUUUUGUUUUGUUUUUUUUUUGCCCCCUUGUAAACCGUGUAAGUUCAUUCCUCACUAUGCACACCCACCUGUCUCCCUCCCCAUUUCACUGUUAGAUUCUUCUCCACCUUUUAACAAAUUUGCAUGUCAGUUCCUGUCACGUUUAUUUAUUGGGUUCUCGGCUGCCUAACCUGUACAUACCUGAUCCCUCGGGUUUUGUUUACAAGGAAUCUUGACUGACCAAAAGGCACUGUAACUCUGCCUCAGAUACAAGGUACAGAGGAGAUGCGUCUCGGAGGAAACGUCUGCUUCCGUCCCCUUGUUCUGGUGAACGUUGGGAGAGAGCAUGAGAGAAGCAUUAAAAUUCUAGAGCUGUGCUUUUAUGAUCCAAAGACAUAGAGUGAUGUGGGUGUCAGAGACUGAAGAGAGGUGAAAGUCGCGCUUUCAACCUGUCAUUCAGGGUUUCCUUUGAGCUAGUCGGCUGUACCUUUUCAAUUAGUUCUCUUUUUUUUUUUUCAACCAACAUGUCACUAAAAGUUCCAUCAAAGCUUUAUCAGUUCAAGUUUCUUGCUUUUCAUAAUACUUUUUUCUGAUGCAAUUUUAUAUUUUCAAACAUGGCAAGUUAAAUAUAAAUUCAUUUAAAUAUAUAGUUUUGUACUUUUCUACCAUGUAAAUGUGCAAUGUAUAUAAAAGUUAUAAUGUGUAUUUGUAGAUAAAUGAUGAGUGAAAAAAUAAAAAAAAAUGUAAAAGCCA